AUGGAGACAACCUUUUCCUUCCAGGUGUCUGAUGAACCAACUUCACCAAAAAAGUCUCGAGCAAACCACCAGUUUGAAGACUUUAGAAGAAGAGCAUCAUCAGUAGAGUGGAAAUCUGUACGGAUCGCCCCCCAAGAGGAGGGGGUGGGACACAACCUUCUGGCCGUGCGAGUCAUGGUCAUGAGCGAUGAGAGCAGUUCAGACAUAGAUGGUGAAGUGUUUGAAGAUGCCCCCAACCAUCACAGUAAGGAUACAGCCAUGGGCUUGGCAACGAGAAAUGAUGCAAGCCAUGAGCCCAGUGGCCAAUCAAUCCCUUCUGAUGCCACUGCCCAUUCACAUAGCAACCAGCCUGCAGCCUCCAACAAACCUCACAGAUGGAGAAAAAAGGUUCAGUCAACUUUUCCAUUGAUUAUUGCAAAAAAAUCAAGUCGUGCCUCAAGGGAAAGUUACAACAACCCAGAGACUUCUCCUGAUGAAGAGCCCAGGGGUCCCGUGGCAAACAGAACCGAACGAACCUCCUCACAGACCAAUCACGAUCCAGGCGGUGAAACAGAGAAUAAAAAAUCCACCUUCGCCAUUUUGUCCAACGCGAUCAAAAGAUCCUUCACGAAAUCGAUCAGCUCCGCGCCGGAAUCGCCCAAGAAGUCGCCCCACAAAGCCAAACCCGGGCCCCAGGGCAACUACUUCGACUUCCCCGCCUCUAUCUUCAGAAGGGGUCGAAGCGGUUUCGAAUAUGGCGCCAACGGCACCGAAAUGGACUGUUUAUCGCAGCGGCCCGGCGCAACGCGUAGCGCCAUGACAGAUCGCGAUGAGGACGUCUGGGGGAGAGGGGGUUCCCAAAAAAGCCAGCGUGACCCCAAUAGUGUUAGACUCGAUGACAUCCCCAGAAUGUUGGCCAACGUCAGUAUUAGGGAGAAUGACGGCGCCGCGGCUUUUAGAAGCAGAAGGAACUCCCUGUUUUCGUCGCUGCGACUAAAGAGUAAGACCCCCGAGGACCCCCUGCGCGCCUCGUCCAAUGAGACGUGGAGUGUAUUCGGGAGCUUUAGGAGGAAGAUGAGCGAUAAAGAACCCAGAGCUUAUCCCUUUGUGCGGGCAGGAAUUGCGUCCAAGGAGGAGCCGGAGAACUCCAGCUCUUCGGAGGAUGAAUUUGCACCCAAGAACUCCUUUUCUGGCAAGGCCUCCCGGGAGUUAAGGCACAGGAGGAAAAUAGAAAGAGAAGCCAAGCAGAAAGCUAAGCAAGAAGAGUUGAAGAGACUUCACAAAGCUCAGACAAUUCAGCGGCAGCUUCAGGAAACGGAAGAAAAACUGCGGGCGCUGGAGACGCAGGGGGUGAAGCUGGAGAAGGCUCUGCGCGGGGAAUCAGAUUCGGGCGCCCAGAGUGAGUCACAGCUUCUCCACGAAUGGUUCCAAAUCGCGCUGGAAAAGAAUAAAUUAAAUCGUUACGAGGCCGAGCUCCUGUUCACGGCCAGGGAACUGGAGCUUGAAGACCAACAAGGAAGACUGGAGCAGAUACUGAGAGAGAAGAUGCUGAUUGACCCCGCCCUGAAAGAUGAAGCAGACAACGAGGAAGAAGAGGAGCUUUUUGCAGAGAUGAUGAAGGUUAUUGAGCAGAGGGACCGACUGGUAUCUUCUAUAGAAGAACAAAGAGUCCAGGAGAGUUCGGUGGAAAGAAACUUGCAAGGGCUUCGACUUUCUAAGGACCACGAGCUGAAAAUGAGCCUAAUUCACAAGAAAAGGUCAUUGAAAUGAGUUGUCGGUGAAAUAAAUGCUCAUCCUGAGUGUCCUCCAUUGAGAUUGGGCUUGGGUGGAAUGGUGGGAAAUGGUUUCUACUGUGCUUGACCUGAGCAGUCUUCAUAAUAACUCAUUGUAGAAGCUGGGGAGCAUGGGUAGAAAAGAAUAAAUAACCCCGGCCUCGAUCUUUCUUUCCACCAGUGUGAAUCAAGGAGUCGCCCUCAGGUUGAGGGCAAGAUCUGAUCAAGGACAACCAUUACAGGAUUUCAUCAGAAUGAGAGUCAACCAUAUUGCAGUUUUGUGUUCCUCUAUGUAAGAUAUAUAUGGGAUUAAAUAGUGCACCGUAUUUAUGAUUAAGCAGACACCACAAGCAGCUUGAACUGAUCAUUGAAGACCAAUCAUUGAAGAAGGUGAUGGCUUCCCACAAUUCACUGGUUGGAAAACAGCAACCAAGAAACACUGGUUGUGUAAUAAACUCCUUAGCUGAAAAGAUGGGGCUGAGGAUUCUGGGAAAUGUAGUUGAAACGUAAGAGAGUAUAAGAAUGUAUGAUACAACCCCAGGGAAGCAAUGUUAAUGGACACCAUAGACUUCUUCUACCACCAUGGCUGGAAUGGACAAAGAAGACUAUUUGCCUCCUGUUCUGUGUAAUCCAUAUUCAUUGCUUCCAUUAGGGUGAUACUGGGGGUAUUGCAUUCAGGGGCCCUAAGGGGACCCCUAGAGGCAUAAAAGCAUUAUUCACAACUGGAUUUAGUUGGAUCAUGGGAGGAGUUUAAGUAUAAUUAGCAGUUGGGUGGCAUUUAGAAGUCUAUUUUUAUCACUGGGGCCCCAUAUUACUCUCUGCCCAGGUUCCCAGUGGGUUAUUAACUGGAGCCUCCUUGAUUAAUAAGGCCGUGCUAAUUAAAUUCAUAAUGGUGGCCCUGGGGCCCCUGGGAAACUGCACAAGCCAAUCAAUGUUUGUAAGGUUAUGAAUGUAAUGUGACUGUAGGGGUUGGUUACCCUUUAACCCUGAUGUCAGUCUCAGUGAUAUAUAUAUAUAUGAUGUAUUAUUCAACUGUAUUUAAGCUCAGUGGCGAUGAUGCUGCACCUUUUAUUGUACGUUUAAUGUUUAAUAUCAGUGUUAAGGCUGUGUUGUCACUCCGUCAUGUGACUCGUGCUGGUUUCAUUAGGAUCUGAUUGCAAGCCUGGCGGAACGGUAUACGGCUGAUUGGUUAGAAAUCAAUGACGUGAUAGGAAAAUGAUGAAUAUAAGAUACAUUUACAUCUUUACACUCCAGAAAACUGUAUUUAGUUUAAGUCAAAAUGGCGGCCUUGCCCCUCCCUACGUGAAACCCAAGGCUGGUUGCUGUGGAAACCCUGGAGCAACCACCAGCUUGAAGGUGGCAGUAGCGCCUGGGUUCCGGUGGGUUCCUCUGUUCCCUAGGCAACCCAGCUGGGAGUCAUGGUGACAAGUGGGGGCAAGAGAGCUCAGACUAGGGGUAGGUAGAGAAGGUGCCCCUUUUACCUACCCCUAGUUCCGGCCCUGUGUGCAACUGGGAGGGGGGGCAGGACGGAACCAGACCCCAGACAGACGUUAUCUAUAAUUGAUUCUUGGGGGGGGGUGCUUUUGUAUCCCCUAGAGAUCUUGCACCCGGGGUCAUAGCUAUAUACCCCUCUAGUGUUUCUCCACUGUACCCCAAAAGCUAAGCAAUGGACCAGUCUUCCAUCUCAACAAUUACUGUGAAAUUAUCCAGGGGGGCAGCCCGGUCCCUGACUUUUGUACCCCAUUAGGUCCCUCCUCCUUCUGGUUCCCCUAAACCCAGCAACAAUAUUUCCAUCAUCUAUAAACCCACUUCAUUAGCCCCUUCCCCCCCCCCCCAAAAAAAAGGGUCCAACAUUGAUAAUUUAAUAUAUAAUAUAAUAAGUGAAUCAGCCCUUGACUCCCUCCCUAUUGGCUGCUGGGAAAGUGCCCAUUGUGACAUCAUCCCUAAUUCUAAGAUAAAGGGAAACUUCACCUUGGGAAAGAGAAUAUUGUCUGACACUCCUCUACCUACAGAAUAAAUGAAAUAAAGCUACAUAAUAGUUUUUAAUUGAA